GCCUCUGUCAGGUCCUUGGCUCUGCCCGUGGAUGUUCCGAAGUACUGUCCUGUGCUCCGGAGGGUGGCCAGCAGCCUCCCUGGCCUCGGAGUGCAGGCUCACUGUGCAGGCAGCCCAAGCUGCCCCAGGCCUGCCGGACAUCCAGGGGCGAGCUACUCUUGAGGAGAGGAACCCUGGUCCAUCUGUAUUGUGGGUGUCCCCUCAUUUAUCGUGGUGAGCAGGGUUGUUGACGCUGUGUUUUCAGGUGGCUUAUGUUUCUACGCACGAGGACUGGUGGGUUCUGUGUGUGGUGUUAGUAUUUGACGUCUUACUCAGGUCUCUGGUGCCUCGUGGUUGUUCUGUGCCUUCUCUCAGCUUCCUGCAGGUGUGGCUCACUCACCCUUCCUUUCUGCUGUCCACAACUUACGUUCACUGGGUCGCCUUCUGCACAGUGUUCUGGUCGCUGCUGGGACAGGUCCGGGCGACAGGCGUCCUGUCUUUCUGCCAGCUUCACCUGAGACACUCGGUUUCCGUGGUGUUCACUUUUCACCUCAUGUUUAUCCCCAGUUUUUUUGAGUUGUGGAUGGACACAGUGCCUGUGUUUUAUGCAUUUAUUACUUUUUGUGGUGCCGAGGGUCGAACCCAUGGCUUCACACAUGCUAGGCUGGCCGGCUACCUCUGAGCCCCAGCCCCAGACCCCGUUACUUUUAUUGUGAGCUUUUUAAAGUGAGACUAGAUCAAAGGUCUUCUCAGCAUUCAGUGAGGCGAAUAUCGAGUAAAUCUUUGUCCAGAUUAAACUUUAAAUGGGUCAGAAGGUUAAAUCUUGUUGAUAUUCAUUCAGCGUUUUCCUCUUUUCUAGAAUUACUCUAUUAUUAUCUUUAAACUUACGGAGUUUCUCUUUGUCCACUCUCUGAACAUAACACAGGAGAAGAAUGUGGUAAAAUUCUCCUUACCACUUAGGAGUGAGUCUGGGACAGGGCUCCUUUUUUAAGCCUCGUAUUGAGGAAUGAGCGGCAUACGGUGAACCCGCAGGUGGUGGCCGCUGCGUGCUGGGUGCCACACGCUGGAUGGACUGCAGAACUCCCCUCCGCCGGGGCCCUGUGCUCCCCAGAGAGCUGCCCGGGCUCCUGUCCUGCCCAGGUCGCACACGGGCUGGACGCAGGUGCCUUAUCCUGUUGCUCUGCAGGUGCUCCUGAGGGCACCCGGCAGGAAGCAGAAGCGCCGCCCUCCGCCGCCCACCACCUGUCCCCAGAGGCACGCCACUUGUCCUCCUUGUUCCCAGCUAAUGUGCUCAUGAGACCUCUUCUCCUUUUCUUGUGGCAAAAUGCACACGAGAUUCCCGUCCUGACCGCGUUCGUGCACAGUCCAGGGCUCCGGGCUCGCGCACCUCCACCCGCAGGCUCCCUCUUCUGCCCUGGGGACUCCAUCCGCCAGCACCGCUCCCGCCCUCGGGCCCUGCUCCCCUCGCCACUGUCCAUCUCUGGGACCUGACCUGGCUUUGCUGGGCUCUCUGUGGGUCCACUGCCCGUCCCUGUGGCUCUGUGUCUUGCUUUCGCCUUCGGUUGCUCAGCGAGGCGUCCUCAGGAUGGAUCCCAGUUGCAAGGUUGAACCCUCUCUGUUGGAGGCUGACCGUGCUCCAGGCUGCUUGUGGACCUCAAGCUGCGCUUGUCCAUCUGCGACGGGCAGUCAGGCGCCUCCACCUCCACAGAGCAGGUGGUUGCCGUCUCUUCACUUCCUGCAGUAGAACAGGGCUGGGGCCUGGCCCCUCACCCUGACCUCCCGCCGCCUCUUCCAGUGGUUUGUGGUUAGGUCAGAGCUUAGCGUUGCCACGAUUCCCUUUGGGGAAGCUCAGGACAGCAGGGUGUGCCCUCUUCUGCCCGUCCCCGUGCCUCCGCCCCGCCCUCCUGCUCCCAGCUCUGGGAGUCCCCCUCUCCCCUGGUGCAGAGCUCAGUAGCUUCCCAUCAGCUGGUGGGCGGGGCCUGUCGGGAGACCCCGCCUGUAGGUGUCUGACUCUCGGACUCGGUGAGUGGCAAGACAGGAAGAGGUCUAGUUAGACUCUCUCUCGCAAAGGGAGAUUUGACCUCCGGACCCCAGGGGCCGCCCUUGGCCUGCUGGUGCUGGAGAGGGGGGUCCUGCCAGCGUGGUCACUGGCUUUCCGACUUCGAGAGGAGUUCGCAGGGCCACCAGCCAUCCACCUUCCACUCAGUGCCCCAGGGCGGACGCCAGGAUCCUGCGGCUGGGACAGGACUCACACCAGCCAGCUCAGGAAGACCUCCUCACAGAGCACGCAGUGGGACUCUGCUGGCGCCAAGUGAGGAACAAGCCAGGAGCCCGGGCAGUUCAUGUGGGCCAGGGCACUGGGCACACCACGUGGGCUGCCACACAGCGGCGUCUGCUGCUCCCCGGGGCAAGCGCGCUGGCUUGCUCCAAGGGCCCACCUUCGGUCCCCUGGGUGCUGGCCUUUUGGCAGGAGGAAGGCCCUGGCCAGCCCAGUGUCCACUCUGUCAUGGGUGCCGGCUGUUUGCGGGGGGCGUCACUGUGUCCUGUGUGUGGAGACUGAAGCUCUGGCUCCCUGCCGUCACCUCAGGAGGUCUGCUUGGCUUCCGCUCUCAGGGUCUGGUCCCCUUCCUCGGGGACCUCGUCCCGGGCAUGUCACGCCCCGCCUGCCUCCCGUCCUUCCGCUGCUCUCAGACCCGCGGUCUCUUCAUCUGUGUGCGUUGCCCGCUGGGUUUAUUCCAACGCUCUCUCCUCGUCCACUGUGGUGCGGCUUGGUCUGCAGGCUGACUGCCUGCUUUCGGGCAACUGCUGUUGGGACCCAUGGGUCCUGGUAGCAGGCUCGUCUGCUUCCCUCUCCUUUUCUCUCUGUCACGUGACGGCCGGCGUGGCAGAUGCCGAGCUGGAGUAGCCCGAAGCUUGCCUUUUGGUGCAGUGAGAGAAGGCAGGAGGUGUACCCUCUGGGAAUUGCGCCAGAUGGUGACAGUGGCAUGGCCGGGUCACCACGCCCUGCUUCAGUACCGAGCGGAUCAGGCUCACGGUGCCACCGCAGGGCUUCGCAGGGAAGCCGCCAAGACCCGCUCUGCCUGCCAAGGACCCCGCAGCAGCCGGCCUUCUCCAAGCUCCGGAGUGGACCCCAAGCCUGAGCAUCCCGUGACUGCCCAGCACAGAGGGGCACGUGGAGGCUCUGGUAGCUCCCGGGGCCAGAGACGUGCCUAGAGCGGCUGAAGCGGCUUCUUGGCUUAGACGCCCAGCUAGGACCUGCAGGGAGGUCCUCUGGAGGACAAGCGGAGGACGCCGCAGCGCGCCCAGCAGGGAAGGUGCCCCCAGGAGGCCGCCAGGCCAGCAGGAGGCAGCGCCUUUUGAUUUUGUUGCCCACAAGGCAGGGCGUGGGUCCCCGCAAGCCAUCUGUGAGGCGGGCCACAGAGCUGGCCCUGGGCGGAGGGGCAGGAGGGGAGCUGGACAGGUCCACUUUCCGGCCAGUCUCUCAGUGGGUGCUGCAUGGACCGAGCAGAAGGCGGGCGGAUUUUGGAGCAGCCACGUGGCCGCAUGUGACCGGCAGUUGCCUGGAGUGCCCGCCGUGGGCUAGAACAUCUGUGCGUCUCAAGCGUUGGCAGCUGGGCGCAUGUGGAGGAGCACUUCCUGCCCCGGAUGCUACGGGACCUGACCCAGCAGGAGACGGUGCCUUUUGGAGAUGCAGUGCUGGCCACCCAGGACACCUGCAUCGGGAGCGAGGUCUGCGAGGAGCUCUGGACGCCACGCAGCCCUCACGUGGACAUGGGCCUGGACGGCGUGGAGAUCAUCACCAACGCCUCGGGCAGCCACCACGUGCUGCGCAAAGCCCGUGCCAGGGUAGACCUGGUGACCACGGCCACCGCCAAGAAUGGCGGGAUCUACCUGCUGGCCAACCAGAAGGGCUGCGAUGGCGACCGGCUCUACUACGACGGCUGCACCAUGGUUGCCAUGAAUGGGGACAUCUUUGCCCAGGGCUCCCAGUUCUCUCUGGACGACGUGGAGGUCCUGACCGCCACCCUGGACCUGGAGGACGUCAGGAGCUACCGGGCGGAGAUCUGCUCUCGAAGCCUGGCGGCCAGCAGGGUGAGCCCUUUCCCUAGAGUGAAGGUGGACUUUGCCCUCUCGUGCCACGAGGACCUGCUGCAGCCCGUCUCUGAGCCCGUGGCGUGGGAGUACCACAGGCCCGAGGAGGAGAUAAGCCUCGGACCUGCCUGCUGGCUCUGGGAUUUCUUGAGGCGAAGCCGCCAGGCGGGGUUCUUCCUGCCCCUGAGCGGUGGCGUGGACAGUGCGGCCACUGCCUGCCUCGUCUACUCCAUGUGCUGCCAGGUCUGCGAGGCGGUGAGGAGAGGAAAUCAGGAAGUGCUGGCUGAUGUCCGGGCCAUCCUGGACCAGAGCAGCUACACCCCCCAGGACCCGCGGGAGCUCUGUGGACGCGUGCUGACCACCUGCUACAUGGCCAGUGAGAACUCCUCCCAGGAGACCUGCAGCAGGGCCAGAGAGUUGGCCCAGCAGAUCGGAAGCCACCACAUUGGCCUCAACAUCGACCCAGCCGUGAAGGCCGUCGUCGGCAUCUUCAGCCUGGUGAUGGGGAAAAGCCCUCUGUUUGCCGCUCGUGGAGGAAGCAGCAGGGAAAACCUGGCGCUGCAGAACGUGCAGGCCCGCAUCAGGAUGGUCCUCGCCUACCUGUUUGCUCAGCUGAGCCUCUGGUCCCGGGGCGCCCGCGGGGGGCUUCUAGUGCUGGGAUCUGCCAACGUGGACGAGAGCCUCGUCGGCUACCUCACCAAGUACGACUGCUCCAGCGCGGACAUCAACCCCAUAGGCGGGGUCAGCAAGGCAGACCUGAGAGCCUUCGUCCAGUUCUGCUUGGAGCACUUCCAGCUUCCCGCCCUGCAGGGCAUCCUGUCUGCACCGGCCACUGCAGAGCUGGAGCCCUUGGCCAACGGUCAGGUGUCGCAGACGGACGAGGAGGACAUGGGGAUGACGUACGCAGAGCUCUCGGUCUACGGGCGGCUCAGGAAGGUCGCCAAGACGGGCCCCUACAGCAUGUUCUGCAAGCUGCUCACCAUGUGGCGAGACACCUGCACCCCCCGGCAGGUGGCCGACAAGGUGAAGCGGUUUUUCUCGAGGUACUCCACGAACAGGCACAAGAUGACCACGCUCACGCCCGCUUACCACGCGGAGAACUACAGCCCCGACGACAACAGGUUCGACCUGCGGCCCUUCCUGUACAACACGCGCUGGCCCUGGCAGUUCCGGUGCAUAGAGGACCAGGUGCAGCAGCUGGAGAAGAAAGCGCAGCGGGAUCUUGACAGCCUGGACUGAUGGCCAGCACCGCCUGGAGGCUCCCUCCCCGCCACUGACCGAUGGCCUUGCCGUCACUGUGGCCAAGGACAGGGACACGCCACCCCCUGCCUGGAGCCAUUCAGCUUAUCAGUUUUGUUCUUGUUUUCAAAGCAGAAGGAACUUUUCAAUCUGAUUCCUUUAAAAGAAGCUGAAAUAAAGCAAAUAAAGUGAG